AACAAGAUUCAAGGAAUGGUGUUUGAUUUUGUAACUCAGCAAGCCUUUGAUAUCACCAUCAUGAUUCUCAUCUGCCUUAACAUGGUCACCAUGAUGGUGGAGACAGAUAAUCAAAGUAAAAAGAUGGAUGAUGUCUUACAUUGGAUCAACGUGGUUUUCAUUGUCCUUUUCACAAGCGAGUGUGUGCUCAAACUUAUUGCACUCCGCUAUUAUUACUUUACAAUAGGCUGGAAUACUUUUGACUUUGUGGUGGUCAUUCUUUCUAUUGUAGGCAUGUUCUUAGCUGAAAUCAUUGAAAAAUACUUUGUGUCACCAACGUUAUUUAGAGUUAUCCGACUUGCCAGAAUUGGUCGCAUCCUGCGUUUAAUCAAGGGUGCUAAGGGAAUCCGUACACUACUGUUUGCAUUGAUGAUGUCCCUUCCUGCUUUGUUCAACAUUGGUCUGUUAUUGUUCUUAGUCAUGUUCAUUUAUGCCAUUUUUGGGAUGUCUAAUUUUGCUUAUGUGAAGAAGGAGUCGGGCAUUGAUGACAUGUUCAACUUUGAAACUUUUGGGAACAGCAUGAUCUGCCUGUUUCAGAUCACUACAUCUGCUGGCUGGGAUGGGUUACUGGCUCCGAUUUUAAAUAGUGGGCCACCAGACUGUGACCCAACAAAAGAUAACCCAGGCAGCCCUAUAAAGGGAGAUUGUGGUAAUCCAUCAGUAGCAAUUUUAUUCUUUGUCAGUUACAUCAUAAUAUCUUUCUUGAUUGUCAUAAAUAUGUAUAUUGCUAUUAUCCUGGAGAAUUUCAGUGUUGCUACUGAGGAAAGUGCUGAACCACUGAGUGAGGAUGACUUUGAAAUGUUUUAUGAAGUAUGGGAAAAAUUUGAUUCAGAUGCAACUCAAUUUAUGGAGUAUAGUAGAUUGCAUGAUUUUGCAGAUGCCUUGGAACCACCUCUUCGUGUUGCAAAACCCAACAGAAUACAACUUAUAGCUAUGGAUUUGCCCAUGGUUAGUGGAGAUAGAAUUCACUGUCUUGAUAUUUUGUUUGCAUUUACAAAACGUGUGCUUGGUGAGGGUGGAGAAAUGGAUGCUCUUCGACAACAGAUGGAAGAACGCUUUAUGGCAUCCAAUCCUUCCAAGAUAUCCUAUGAGCCAAUUACAACCACUUUGCGACGUAAACAGGAACAUGUUUCUGCAACUAUAAUUCAGAGAGCUUUCAGACGAUACCUGAUUAGGCGAACAUUGAAACAAGCCUCUUUCAUGUUCAAAGAAAAAGGUAAAACAAGUGAGCUACUACCUGGCAAAGAAGAAAUGGUAAUAGAUAAGUUUAAUGAAAUUUCCACUACAGACAAAACUGAUAUGACUCCUUCUACCACAUCUCCACCAUCCUAUGACAGUGUAACAAAACCAGAGAAAACAAGAGAGGAGAAAGAAAAAGAAGAUAGAGGCAAAGAUGUAAGGGAGUAUAAAAAGUAAAAUGCAAACAAAUAAAAAAAAUAUACUUAUAUGACAUUGUUUACAGCCUUUUAAGUGUGACCCAACUGUAUGAACAAGAUUCCAUUUGGAGAUUUAUGCCAAACUGACAAUUAAUACAUAUAAGGUCAGUGCCUAAAAAGGCAGUGAUCUGCAUCAGGAGACUGUGACUCUGUACAGCAGGGGGAGUCAGCAACCUAGAUAGGAGGUUACUGUUUCCACUACCAAUUGACACUGCUGAAGAGGAAAGUCAAAAUGGCUACUAAGACUGUAGGGACGAGACAAAGGGACCAGAAAAUUUUACAUGUAUGUGUGCCGUUAAAUGUCAAACAAUAGUAUCUUUUAUCCCUGUAUUUUGCAUUCCAGUUGCCACAGUUCCACAAUUUAUACCAGGCCCAUAACAAUUCACAUUAUUUUAUAAUUCAUAAGUAUAGUAUAUGUGACUAUUUUUCUAAAUGGGAAUGGGGCUUUAUGUUUUUGGGAAGGGGUUUCAAGCAGUACUUCUAAGUUAAGAGGUUCACCCCACAACUUUAGGAAAAUGUGUUAAACAUGUACAAAAAUGUUUUGCAUGGAAGCAUGCCACACUCAUUCAUUGUGCAUGAGAAUCCAUUAACUCAUAAAAUAAACAAGAUUUUUUUCUAUCUAGUGUUUCAGGGUGGCCCUGAUGUCAAGGUGCUUUACUAAAUGUGUUGUGCUCUAUUUGAACAGUUCUAAUAUGUGCCUGUUAGUUAAUUAUAACCCCUAAACUGAGAGUUAAUGGGUAUUUUUAUGUGGAACAUUUACAGACAACUCUCAGCUGCAAUUUUAGUGCAAGUUCUGGACACAAUCACUAUUUGUUCCUUUUAUACUGCCAUGGGUGAAUAUAAUCAAAGAAAUCCAGAGGGAUCUGCCCAACAAAUCUGAAUUGACCAGAAUUGAACUUUACUGAAAAUUGCUGUGCUUUAUCCUGCAGUAUUGUUUAGCCAUCUUCAGCUCUCAGCAGGAUUGAUAUUAAACAUGACAAAUAAAUCCCUCUGUUGUGUAAAUAAUUGUUUCACACUGUGGUGCAUAUUUGAGCAAAAUGCAACGAAGACUGGGCAAUCUUUGCAUCAAAUAUGCACCACACUAAGUCUAGUUUGCAAGUUAUGCCAGGUAAUAUGAUGUAUUCUGUAUCAUUAUACAUAGUUCCAAUGCUGUCACUGGUGCAUGUUUAUAUUGCCUUUGCUGCUGUACACUGUUCCUUCCACUGUCCAGAAGUGUUUGAUAAAUGGGAAGUAAUAAGCCAGUGGUAAACUGAGAAAUUGCUCAAUAUGACCUCACUCCUCCUAGUUUGCAGCUAAGAAGCUUUUCUUUCCAUUUGAAUUUUCUGAUUAACAUGGAUAAUGUUAUGUUGUAAGAUCAGACUUCACAGGAUAUCUUGCAAAUUGCUUGAAAUG